UCCUCCCGGGUCAGGAUGUCCUUCCUGCCUUUGCAAAACCCCUUUGCUUGUGUGUCUUUGCAGGAGGAGAACCUGAAGCGCACCAAAGGAGGGGACCUGAAGGCCAGCAUCCACCGCAUGGAAGUGGAGAGGAUCCGCUACGUCCUCAGCAGCUAUUUGCGCAGUCGGAUCCGAAAGAUUGAGAAAUAUUUCCCGCACGUCCUGGAAAAAGAGAAGACACGGACGGAGGGAGAGCCCUCCAUCCUCUCUCCAGAAGAGUUCGCUUUCGCCAAAGAGUACAUGGCCAACACAGAGGCCCAUCUCAAAAAUGUGGCUCUGAAGCACAUGCCUCCAAACCUACAGAAGGUGGACCUCCUCAAAAUAGGUAGGGAAGCCUUGCUUGUGUAG